AUGUCUAUCUCAUCUUCUCCUAUUGUCAUUGUCUGGCUACUGCUAAUGAUAGCAGCCAGAGAGACGAUUUCCACUCCAACAGGUCGUCGCUCGCAGGACUGCCGCUGUCUGCCAAAUGACCCCUGCUGGCCUUCCUCCCACGAGUGGAAUGCGUUCAACCGCACCGUUAACGGGCAUCUGGUCCGGAUCCGACCAGUUGGUUCGGUCUGCCAUGGUAGAGACUACGACCCAGUGGGAUGCGCUUUCGCCAGAAACUCCACGCAUGACUCGCUUUGGCGCAUCGCCGAAGCAGGCGCACUCCAAUCAGUCACCUGGGAAACCGAGCGAUACGACAACGGAAGCUGCUUCGUCGACACCCCCCGAACCAUUCCCUGCAGCCAGGGCCGAAUCCCUCUGUACGGGAUACUGGCGCACUCCGCCCAGGACAUUCAGAAAGCGGUACGGUUCGCACGCGAACACAACCUGCACGUUGCAAUCCGCAACACGGGCCACGACGGGAUCGGCCGAUCGAGUGGGCUGGGCUCCUUCCAGAUCAACGUGAGCCUUCUGAAGAAGAUGGACUUCGCGUCAGACUUCAUUCCACAGGGUGGAGGGACGUCUCGUGGGUCGGCGCUCACCCUCGGGGCCGGGGUGUUAGGGCUCGAAGCCCUAGCCGCCGGCAAGAAGGAAGGCGUGAAUAUGGUGACCGGCACUUGUAGUUCUGUCGCGGCAUCGGGCGGGUUUGUGCAGGGCGGCGGACUGGGAUUCCUGGGGCCUGCGUAUGGGAUUGGGUCGGAUAAUGUGCUGGAGUUUGAGGUUGUUACUGCUGAGGGCGAUCUGGUCGUGGCGAAUGAGUACCAGAACGAAGACCUCUUCUGGGCCCUGCGCGGAGGAGGCGGGGGCACGUUCGGAGUGGUACUCCGCACCACGAUCCGCACGUACCCCGACGUCCCAGCCGUGCAUUUCCUCCUGACGGCCGAUCUUCCCCGGCAACAGAAUGGAACCACUGGCAGUGGGGAUCAAGCUAUCUGGGCCAUCACCGCCGAGCUCACCAACCUGCUGCCCGCGCUGAAGCGCCUGGACAACAAGACCAGCGCCAUCAUCGUGCCGCGAUUCCUGGAGGAUCGCGCGGUGCUGGAGGCUCACGUGCUCUUCGUCAACACCAGCGACCCGGGUCCAAUCGAACAACGCCUCGACACGAUGCAUGAUGCUCUCGAGGCUCAGGGUCUAUCCUCGGCGUACACUUCCGAAUUGACUGUUUACCCGGAGAUGUCCACUUGGCUCAACAUCCCGCGCCAGCUUAACGGGGGCGGCUACGGACUCGUCGAAGGAUCGGUGCUGAUCUCUGAAGAUCUCUUCUUCUCUCCCAAUGGGACCUCUCAUAUAUUGAACGUGCUGUCCCAUCUGGAGUACACAGUGGGAGACUCAGUGGAGAUCCUGAUGUCAGUCGGUGGGCAAGUCAAAGCCAAUAAGCACGUCAUCGACAGCGCCUUGCUCCCUGGGUGGCGCGAGGCUGAGCUGUUGCUGACGAUUCGACGGACGCUGCCACCGACAUCCUUGACGAAGACGAUGGUCAAUAGUCAAUUGCCGUUUGUACGGGCUCUGCAGGUACCGUCGCUAGGGGUAUACUACAAUGUUGUCGAUAUCGAGCAGCCGGACUCCCGGCGAGCAUUUUGGGGGGACAACUACGAACGGCUGUAUGCGAUCAAGCAGAGGUGGGACCCCGAUGGGUUGUUUAUUGUGCGGAUGGGAGUUGGGAGUGAGGAUUGGGAUGAGGAGGGGAUCUGUCGGGUGUAG